AUGUCCUCUCCUUCCCUCCCCAUGCCCUCUCUCCCCCCCAGCCCUCUGGCCAUGGAGUACCUAAAUGAUUUUGACCUCCUCAAGUUUGAGGUAAAACCUGACACCCCUCCACUCCCUCCUCCAUGUGCGUAUCCCAAAUCUGGCCUCUCCCACGACCCCUCCAGCUCUCCAUACACCAGCCAUCCUCCGCAGGACUCCAGUUUAAGCUCCAGUCCUUACAACUCGCUGCCACCCUCACCGACGCUUAGCGACGCCCACCCGCCCCCUUCGGGCUCCUCAUCCCUCUCUUCGUCAUCCUCCUCCAUCUCCUUCCCCCUCUCCAUCUCCAACAGCUUCACCUCCUCAGGCAUCAGCUCGGGCUCUCAGGGGAACGUGGAAGGCAGCCCGGCCCACAGCGGGCCUCAGGGUCCCACCCCGGCGUCGCUGGAGGAUCUGAUCUGGCUGGCAGCACUGCAGCAACAGUUUGGAGGAGAGGUGACGGGGCCCGCCACUUUGCUUGGAGCCUUGGGAGGAGUGCCAGAGCGAGGGGACAGAGAGAGGGGCCAGGUGAAUGGCUUUCUGGGCUGUGAGGAUGCUGUGGAGGCUUUACUGAACUCAGCUGCUGCAGCUGUCAGCUCACAGUUUCCAGGUCUUUCUCAGAGUUCAAGCAGCAACCUGGGAGACUCAAGCAGCGACAGCGGAGGCGACAUCUCCUGCGCCAAAGGGACAGACAUGUGCCAUCGUCCGCUGGUCUUCCUCUCAUCGGCCCCUCCCUCGCUCCCCAACGCCGCCCCUGCCUCAGCUCCCUACCCGCAAGCCCUCAGCCCCCAGGGCCGCCUUCAUCACCACCAGCAUCACCAUCAUCAGCACCACCCGCACCACCCCAUGCAUGGCAGCCAUCACCAUCAUCACCACCCACAAAUGAAUCAGUGCGGGGCCAAUGAGCGCUUCUCUGAUGAGCAGCUGGUGAGCCUGUCGGUGCGGGAGCUGAACCGGCACCUGCGUGGAGUGAGCAAGGAUGAGGUGGUGCGCUUGAAGCAGAAGCGACGCACGCUAAAGAACCGCGGCUAUGCCCAGUCCUGCCGCUACAAGCGCUUACAGCACCGCCACGCUCUGGAGUCAGAGAAACAUGUGCUCACACAACAGCUGGAACAACUACAGUGCGAGCUGACUCGAGUGCUGAGGGAGAGAGACGCCUACAAGUCCCGCUACGAGAAGCUCCUCAGCACGAACCACGGCAUCGGCGGCGACGCCCCACCGACCCGCAACAGCAACCCACCUUCCCCACCCCCUGACUACUUCCUCUGA